ACGGAGCGAGCACAGAAGCUGCUGCUGCCUUCAGAAAAUGGCCGACAGAUUUUCUAGGUUCAACGAAGAGCGUGAUUUCCAGGGUGGGAAUCACUUUGACCAGUAUGAAGAGGGCCAGUUGGAGCUGGAGCAGGCGUCCCUGGACAAGCCCAUCGAAUCGGUAAGGCCGCAUCCAUCAAUCUGCACCAUUGGACCAGCUGUGAGAGUGGAUAUGAUUGGUCCAGGGAGGAAUAAGAACCACACCUUUUGACUCCAUUCAUACUGUCCGUGUAGACGCAUCCAGUGUUUUCUUGAACACACUUGCCACCUAACCUGUAGAAUCACCUGUCUCAUGUCCAUUAAUACCCUUUAAGUCCCUCCAACUCCCCAUGUCCUCUGCCUACUCCAUCUCCCGUGUGAUUAGUUAAAAUUAUCAAGUAAAUGCUAGAUGUUUGUGUUUGAUGAAGAGCUCAUAGAUAAACGUCAGAUGUCUGUAUCAGCCUGUCAUGAGCCAUUGUUAGCCAUCAUAGCACUGUGAGACAAGAUGACUUUUAAAAAGCAUGGGGUGGACGAAGCACUGUCAUCCAAAUCGCCGAGCCGUCCAUCCAGUUUUAAUCUCAUUCAAAGAAAACACGAAAAGCUUUAUCUCUUUUUGAAACAGCUGUCUAGAGCGAGGACACCGCACAGACAUUGUGCAACCUUCAGUCUUUCUCUGAUGGUAUUCAGUGAACUUUCUUUAUCAUUCAUGAAAUCAUGUAGACUCAUGCUGGGAAAAUGAAAGUUAUUAAGUGAUUGAAAACAUGCAGAUUAGAAAGAGUUUACAUUCAGGUAUCUGAUUAUUUUGCAGCUGUUUAUGUGAAGCAGGGCAGUGCUUAUUCCACCCCAUUUAGCAAACAAGCUAGAGCACAUCAGAUGGUGUGAAUGGUUACAUUUGUGUUUGAGUGCGUUUGCGUGCGCGCGUGUGUGUCUAUGUAGCUUUAGAAUUUCUGUGUUAGUGUUUAGUGUUUGUGUCUAUAGGACAGUUAUCUUAUUGUACACAACUUGGGGUGUUCGACAUUUCUCUCCUGCAGCGAAUUGGCCCCUAUUAGCUAAGCAGCAAUGACCCGGUUUGUAUUUGCACGCUCUGCUUUCUUACUCCUAUCUUUAGGGUCCUUGUAACGCUUCUGACUCUCUCUCUCUCUCUCUCUCUCUCUCUCUCUCAUUUUCUCUCUCUCUUCCUCUCUCUCUCUCUCUCUCCCUCUCUCUCUCUCUUGUCACACUUUCCAUCUACCUCUAUUUCUCUCGCUCCCUCCCUACUACACAGUGAUUCGGUGUACAGUACCCUCUGUCAUUCUGUGCUGGCAUGGUGCUUGUGCAACUGGGACUGCAUUUUUUGCUGAAGAGGCACAUGGAUAAUAGCGCAGGCAGCUCUCUUCCGUCUGUCUCUUCCCCCCUCUCGUUCAGUCUCUGAAGCCGUGCGGUGAGCAGGCCCCAGCUCCUCUCAGCUCCACACUGUCAAGCCACCUCUCCUUUUAGCGUUGUCAGGACGCCUUUUGCAAAGCAGGCAGGUUAAAGAGCAGCGCGCGAAUUUUAGGUCGUUUAUUGGAACAAUAAGUGGUUUUAAAUGGCGGUGAGUAAUUUGUAAAAUAAAUAAAGGCUAUUAAAUGUAUUUAAAAUCACAUCUAAAAGGAUAAAUUAACUUUGAUAGCUACUUUAUUACUUAAACCAGUGAAGAUGGGAGCUAUGAAUGGAUGUUAAGAUGUUUUAAACAGUAAGAGGAAGUUCAGUCAACUAAGUGACAUUUACAUGCACUUGUAUUUGUACCCUGAUGUUUCUAUUUUUUUAAUGUCAAAGCUAUGAUUCCCUUAACCCUGAACAUGAAUAUAUCCUUGAAGUUCCCCGUGUGCCUGGGCAGUGGAGAGGGAGAGCAGUAAGAGAGAGGCGGCCUUCUCACCUGGCUUGAGCGGCGACGUUGCUCCUGCGCUAUUAUCUGUGGAGGGGUGUCGAGGGCUGCGCUGCAGCAUCCCAGUCCAGACGCCCGUGGAAAAAGAAGCAACCGCAUCACGUCAAAAAUCUCAAUGAUGGUUUUCAGAACAUAAAAAUGAAGACGCCUGACUUUUUUUUAAAAAAUUAUUAUUCACAAGGCAGCAGACAUGAAUUACCGCUAACAUUUUACAUUCUGAAGAGCUGUGAUAACCUUUAGAUAUGCCAGCAUUGAAGUUUAAAAGCAGGCAAUCAGCAGCUUAGUGCUACAAACACUUGACAGCAGGUUUAAUAUCAAGUGAUGGAAUUCCAAUCACAACCAACUUAUGUCAAGCUGUUUACUCGGUGUCACAUGACAUGUUGAAUCCAGUCACCGUGUUUUCAGUCUGUCCCCGUCACCCCAGUGCAGACCUCUGAGGUGGCGGGGUUUGCGGCAGCUGUCCACCAGCGCUUCAGUGCUUCGGCCCAGCCUCUCGGACCCCCUCCCCUGCCACUUACUGUGUGUGAUCUAUAGGCAGCUAGAGGUCUGUGGUACUUUAUUGGGAUCUUUUUUCUCUUCCUGUCUUUCCCCUUUUGGUCUCUGCUGUUUUUCUCUCUUAACACUGUUUUUUGCAUUGCAUGUGUUAACUUGGUAGCAUUCAGUACGAUUUCCUCUAAACACUCUCUGUCUUAAUCACUACUGCAGUUGUUUCUCCCAGACUCAUUCCUCCCGACUUCUGUUGUCCCUCUCUGGUCCCCUCAAACCUUCCAUCCUACCUCCCCCCUCCCCUCCCCCUCCUCCUUACCUGACCCAGUGCCAGAGCGAUAUGCAGCGGGCAGCCUCAGAGCCACAGAAACCACAUAAACACACCACUAAUCUGAGAAACGCACAAACCUCAAGGCUGUUGUGUAUUUUCAGAAAUCUAAUAUUCACAUGUGAUUAUUAUUGAUGCAAUAUCCAAAACCUGAAAGGAUAUUUUAGGAAAAACAGCCGCUCCUUUUGGAUGAAAUCUCACAGUUACAGCUGUCAUCUUGCAGUUGGUAAGGAGAUCCAUAGAAUUUCUUAAACAUCUCAUGGGACAUUUAUUUCGAAGCGUUGUAAGAUGGAGUGUUGGUAAAAAUCUUAGUGGGAUUUUUGAAUUGGCUGGAGUGAUUAAAAUCUAACUGGUAGGAAUAAUAUGGAGAAGUAGAUUGAUCAUCUCACUUAACGACACUUUGCUAAAUUUCCAGUCCUUGAAAUGGGGCUUCAGAAAGAGGAGGUAAGUAUUUUUGUAUUGUUGUAUGAAGUUUCAGCAAAUAAUCAGAAUUUGCCUCUCUGUGAUUCAUUUUUUUAAUUUUCUCUCUCUCUCUUCUUUUUUUUUUUUUUAAACCAUCUCGUACCUAUUAAAGCCUUCAAAUCCUCCACAUUUAAUCUGACACAUCAACACCUGCUGUCAUGCACGAGGGGUAAUAAAAGGGCCUUUUUUUUCCCCCUUUCUGGCGUUUAUCUUUUGAGGAACCAAGGGAGUUGUUUUCACUUGCAGUGGCUAUGCACUGCAGGAAUGCACAGAGCUGCUAAAAUAUGGGAGCAGCUGUCGUUCUGCACAUCCGCCAAGACUCUGCAGAAUGACCUUUAUGUUUUUCAGGGUGGAAAAUAGUCAGCAAAAUGUGCGGACUUACACAAACUUAAAGUAAAUUCAGGAUUUGCCGUUGCACGGAGUCGUCUGAGUGAGUCCAGACAGGGACAAACAAACAUGCAUCCAGCGCCGUUAAAGGUUUUCACAGACGAGAUCAAUAAUACCGAAUCCUCUGAGGUCUCUAGGUGGGGUCCCCUGCAUAUCACUUUCCUUCUCCAUAUCUUUUACCAUGCAUUGUGCCAAUGGCUGCACAUUGCACACCUUGUAAAAAAAGAAAACCCCACCCCCUCUUGUAAAUCUCUUUUGUUUGGUUAACAUUUUCUAUUUUUUUUUUUCUUUCUCUUGUAUUAACAGUCAGUUGGUGGAUUUUAUUGAAAUGCCUACCUUUUCUGUUUGUACACAGUGUUAUGUUUGUUUAAGAGCAGAAAGAGAUUUUGUGUUUUUUUAAGAUCUAGAGAAGCUAGCAGAAUUGCAGUUGAAAGCGUUUGGCCGGUUUCUUACGUUGUGUCACGUGUGACUGUUUUUUUGACAGCCCAGUAUUUUAAAGCCAGGUUCGUAUGGAAAUGCCUUCACUCCACUUGCACUGCUGUUGGACUCGCCGUCGUUGCUUUCAUCCGUCCGUCUGUCUAUUCUUUUUGGUGCACCCAUCUGUCGUUCGACACUCAGCCUGCGCCUCAUCUCCGCCCUCUGACCUCCACUGAGCCCAUCUCUGAACUGCUGCAACUGUUGCCUCGUCCAGCCUCGCCUUCCUGUUUGGAAAGCUCAGAAAAGCAUGAGAACUUUUUUUAAUCCAGGGCCUGAAUCUUGCAACCUUGCAGAGGUUUAUACUUAUGUUGUCCUUGGCCUGACUUUGCUGGGGGAAAAAAAAAUAAAUAAACAAGCCAGCAAACAGGAGGAGUUUCUUCUUCUAUCUUCCAGCCUCACAGAUCGGCUAAUUCUCCCAAAUCGAUAGGUGCUCAUGUGCGGAGCUUCAUUGCAGCAUAAUCCUGCUGCAAAGGACAGAAUGAAGCCCAAUGUCAGUGCCAGCAGUGGCGCUUCACUGCAGCAGAUUCUGCAGCGCUCCCCCCUACACGCUAAAGUUGGGGAGGGCGCCGCAUGUGCCAGAUAAAGAAGAAAUGCCCUCUUAAAUAUGACGAGCAACAAGUUACUCAGAGUGAUGUGCAGGGAUCCGUCGAUGUCGUCUCCGAACACGUGAGGCUCAGCUUAGAUUCCUGUCUGGUAUCAUCCCACAGCGGAGAGGAUCUGGCAGUCGCACAGAGACGGCUCAGCAGCUCAAACACGCAAGAAGUAAAUACAAAAAAAAAAAAAAAAAGAGAGAGAGAGGCUGGAAGCAGGGCGCCUCCACCUCUUUUCAGAGAGCCGGAGGAAAAUGCCAGCCAGAUAAUUUGAAUAAAUUUCUUUAGUCAACAUGGUGGUGAAGUGGCCUUUCAAUGUGUUUACAGCUGACAUAGUUUAUUCUUCCAGGAAAGUAAAAUAGGGCAAAGGGAGGCAACAGUUUGCGUCGAAAUACCAACUCUGUAAAAAAAAAAAUAAAGAAAUAAAUCCAUUCCAAUUGCAACCUGAUGGGCGGAGAUGCAGUGUGUAUGCUGUGUGUGUGAGACUACCAUUCCCCUUCACAUGCACUAACCCAUACAAGCUCAGCUCACCUCCACACCCCCGCUCCCCCCCAAAAAAAAAAACCUCGCCCUCACCAUGGCUCAGCCUGCUCCGUCCUGCCCCUCUCCUCCCAACCUUCCUCUUGUCAAAGAGAAGCUAAUCGAGCCCUGUUGAGCCAUCACCUUCCUCUCUGUGCCUGAUCCACCUGAGACUAACACCAGUUGCAGUUGUGUUAACCCGCCCUCCACCCCCCCCCCCACCACCACCAACCCACAGCCCCCCCACCCCCAACACCCCCUCUGUAUGUGUGCCAUUCACAGUGCGCUACUAACACCGACGACCCUUUUUGUUAAAACUCUUUAACAAAAAGCUGCAUGCUGGUUUUUUUUUUUCUUCUUUUUUUUUGGUUCCAACCCCUUCACCUUCUGUUUGUGAAAGUUGAUGUCAAUCUCUUUGUGAUUAUAAAUAUCCUUUUUGUUUGGUUUGUAUGGUCUCUCUUUAUUUUUUUUUUGUAGAAUGCAGCACUCUGGUGAAUGUUAGACAAAGCCUGGAAUAGUUAUAAUCACAACAGAACAACACUGCUUAUUAAGAAAUCUCAUCGUUUCCUGUUUAUUCGUGCCUGAGGAUGUACUGUAGUGUGUAGUGGUGGGACGGUCUUGCAUUUCACUUAAUGUUUUCGUUUCCUUGCUGACUCAUACUAGUGAUAUAAUGGUCUCCGACAUGCACAUUUAGCCCCACAGUGUGCUCGGGAUCUCUGCUGUGUAUGUUCUUGCACUCCUCUCAUGCUUUCUUGGGUUAUUUGUUAAUGGCCGGAUCUUGUCUGCAUUGUUGAUCACGUAAUUUAUAAAAAAAAAAAAAAAACAACUUCUUAAAGUAGAUGGCCUAAUUGCAGCUGUCAGGUCUACUUAACUAGUACUAGUCAAGGCUACAGUGGACUGCAUUCUGUAGUCUUGUAAAACCAAAGCAUCUUGUCAGGAAAUCAGAACGAGGUAUAUUUUAAGCUUCGUUAGGAAAAAAAAAAAAAGGUUUCAUCUGGAUAUUAGCCUGCACUGAAUGACAGCUGCUGCUGUUGGAGCUAUUAGCCAUGCUCAAGCCAAUUUGACUGCAUUUACCUGGAAAUGCAGCGAUCAUGCCCAAUCUGAGAAGAUAACCCUGCCUAUAAAGACAAUGACUUGCAAUAACCUGCUUCCCAUUUAGCACUGCUGAAGAUAAAGGCUUCCGGAAGCUAAUGCACCAUAUUGAGCCUGAAUACACCAUGGAAACUUUGCACUAGUCUCACCCUGCUGGAAGUAUUUGUUUUAUUCUCAUGUAUUUUAGUGUGACAGAACAGAGCCUCGUGUACAGUGACUGUUUAAGAACAGUAAUGUCAUAAACAACAGAAAAGCCAUCUAGUCUGUAAAGCGUGUCUUCGUAAUGCUACGGUCAUCUGUAAGAUUUAAAUAAAAAAAAAAACCCCACAUGUCUAAUCAGGUUUUAAAAUAAAAAGUGUGAACAUGAUUGGGAUCUGACAAGCGACAGCAGAUCAGAGAGGCUGGAGGCGUCCAAAAACAUUCACAGCAGCUAUUUUUAGCAUCUCUCCUGGGGCUACAUGCACACACUGUGUCCCUCUCUUCACCUGCACACCCACAUACCUCCCCCCCUCCUCCUCACACAUGCAUUCUCCGUUCACCCUGGGCCUUGUAAUGGUAAUCCAAGGCCCACCAGCUCCACGUCUGUCUCUUCCUCUCGCUAUAUAAUUUUGUGACAGUUGCGUAUGCUUCAUGGUGCUCCCCCCUCGUCAUGGUUACGGAAUCACAGCAAGCUUGGAGUUUCUGGUCUUUGUUUUAUUUUUUUCGUUAAUGCUAGAUUUCCAUACCUGUUCUGUGUCACUUUUAUUUGUGUACUACGACCUUGCUCUUCAGUAGUUCAUAUAUGUAUGUGUGUGAUACAUAUAUUGCCCUCUUCCUCCUCCUCGUCUUCCUCCUCCUCCUCCUCCUAACUUAGACUGCAGAUGUAAAUCAGUGUGCACUCUUUUGUACCAUCAGAAACAUUUAGGAUUGCUCUUGCCUGGAAAAUAUAGGUAUUUCAACUUCACUCCUCCUGUAGAAGGAUAUCUGCUAGUUUACAAGCCACAUAGCGCCUCAUGUAUUUAUCAUAGCGGCAAUCCUCCCCUCCCUCCGAGUCUCCCUCCCGCCCCGCCCCUCCCCAGCCGCCCUUAUCACUUCCUUGUGCUGGAAGACACUGAUUGUUACACGCUGUAGGUGAUGACGAUAAUGACGAUGGUGAUGGUGGUGGUGGUUGUGCUUAUGACGAUAGCGUGAUCUGAGUGUUUUAUUUUGUUUGUUUGUCUUGUCACUUUGACCCGUGCCCACGGGGUAAAGCUCCUCUUAUUAUUGGAAUAUUUUUGGUUUUUUUCUCCUCUGUUCUCUCUGCCAGGAUAACAUCGGGCACCGGCUGCUUCAGAAACAUGGCUGGAAGUUGGGGCAAGGCCUUGGCAAAACCAUGCAGGCGAUUUGAUCCUGCCCAUGUUGUGCUGAUGGUAAACUUAGUGGACGCACCGACCCUGUGCCCAUCAUCCUUAAGUAUGAUGUUAUGGGGAUGGGACGGAUGGAGAUGGAGCUGGACUAUGCAGAGGAUGCCACAGAGAAGAGGAGAGUGCUCGAGGUCGAGAAGGAGGACACAGAGGAACUGCGGCAGAAAUACAAGGACCAGAUGGAAAAGGAGAAAGCCAUUGCAAAGGCCCUGGAAGACCUGCGGGCUAAUUUCUACUGUGAGCUGUGUGACAAACAGUACACCAAACACCAGGAGUUUGACAACCACAUCAACUCCUACGACCACGCUCACAAACAGAGGCUGAAAGAGCUGAAGCAGAGAGAGUUCGCCCGCAACGUGUCGUCCCGUUCCCGGAAAGGUGGGAAGAAGCAAGAAAAGAUGCUGCGGCGGCUGCACGAGCUGGCUGAGCAGAGGAAACAACAGGAUCGGACCCCUGGUAGUGGACCGAUGUUCAAAACCACCACAGUGGCCGUGGACGGGGAGAAAGCAGAGGACAUAGACGGCGUGACCCUGGAGAGUCCCGCGCUGACAGAUGGCGUCCUGGAAGGAUCGCUGGCAGACAGAAGCGGUCAAUCCUCCCCAAAGCCCGGCCCGACCAUUAGCUUCUCCCUGGGGAAGAACCCCUCGUCGUCUCCGACCGCCAGCGCCGCGUCCAAAGUCAGCGUGUCCUUCUCGUUCGCCAAGAAAGCCCCCGUGAAGCUGGAGACGGCGGCCGCCGUGUUCGCAGACCACGGAGAGGAGGCCAUGGAGGAAGAGGAAGGCCAAGAGGGAGAGAAGCCUGCGGGCCAGGAGGAAACAGCCAUCUGUGGCACCGACAGCCCGAAGGCAGCAUCGGCAGGAAGCGAAGCAGGAGAGCCGGGCGGCGUGGCGGCAGCGACGGAGGAGACGCAGCAGCCCGAUGACGGCGGCUCGCUGGCAUCCACGCUCAACAAACUGAAGAUGAUGAUGAAAAAGGAGGAAGGCUAUGCCGGCCAGGAGCCUCAGUACUACCACUACAUACCUCCAGCCCACUGCCGGGUGAAGCCGCACUUUCAGUUUCUGCUGUUCAUGAAGGCGUCGGAGCAGUGCCAGAGCAAGGACGACGAGGACGAGGAGGAGGCGCCCGAGGAGAAGAAGGCCGAAGAGAGCUCGGAACUGAUGGAAACCAACGAGGCGGAGUCGAAGGCGGAAAAAGAAGAAGGCCCAUCAACCGCUGAGCCAGAGACGACGACGACGACGACGACUCCUUCACCUCAAGUGAAAACAGAGGAGGUGGAGGAGGAGGAGGAGCAGGAGGAGGCGGCCUCGACAUGUGCGACAGACGCAGCUUCUAACGCACCUGUUUCAUCCCCUCCUAAAGCAGAGAGCACACAAGAUGCUGUGGAUUCAAACAGCGGCCCUAAGAUCCCCACAGGCCCCUUCUUUCCCGUCCUGAGUAAAGACGAGAGCACCACCCUGCAGUGGCCCUCCGAGCUCCUCGAGUUCACUAAAGCUCAGCCCUCGCUCUCCUACAGCUGCAAUCCCCUCUACUUUGACUUCAAGCUGUCCCGCAAUAAAGGAGCGCGCGGCGGGAGAGCUGCAAAGUCUCUGAAGGCCGGAGAAGAGUCCGACGAGAAGGGAAGAGAAGGAACUGUUCCCACAGCUGAGGCGGAUUCUGCCUCCAAACCGGGAACCAGCACCGACCAAGACAAAGCAACGCCGAAAGGAGAGCCCGGCAAGAACGAGGGCGAGGAGCAGAAGGCCACAACUGGGAGCAGUGCCAAGAAGAAAAAGAAGAAGAAGAAGCACAAAAAGUCCGCAAAGCACUCAAAGCGCAAAGGAAAAGAAAAAGCAGCAGCAGGAGAGGAAGCUGCUGAAGGAGAGCCGGCGGUGACACAGGAAAAACCCAAGAAGAAGAAGAAACACAAACGAAAGAAGAGCAAAAACAAGGCUCCAGAUCAAGAGGAGGCGACGGGGGAAGAUAAAGACAAAGCCAAACCAAAGUCAGAAGAUAAAGCAGCUGCUUCCUCCGUCCAGCUGACGGGUGGAGGAGGCGGAGCCCCCGCCAGCACGGGGACAGAGCUGGGGAAGAGGAAGCGUCCCGCCAAGGAAGUGCCUUGCAAGUCCACAGCGGAGGAAGGAGGAAGUGGAAAAAGUGCAGAUAAAGCCAACUCGUCGGAGGAGCACAGCGGGCCGAAACGGCCGAAGAACGACUCCAACGCGUCCCAAAGUGCCUCCUGCUCCACCUCGGCCCAGAAGAGCCCCGGCCCGGGCCGGCCCCCCAGCAGCGAGAGCGAAGAGGAAGGGGGCUCCAGCACGCAGCGCUCCCGCCACCACCGCUCCAGUCCGCGGGAGCAGCGGCGCCACCACAGCGAGGAGUCCCGGCGCUCCUGCAGCCGCUCGUCCAGGCGGGGGGAGCGGCGGGGGAGCAGCCGCCGCCGCCACCACCACCGGGGCCAGAACUCCCGCAGCCGCUCCUACUCCAGCAGCUCGGAGCGCUCGUCGGCGGGCAGCAGCGCCUACAGCCACCGCAGCCGCAGCUACUCCGACAGCUACAGCGACUACAGCACCGAGGGCCGGCGGCGGCGGCACUCCAAGCGCUCGUCGGACUCCGAGUACGAGCGGCGGGGCAGCCGGAGCCGCCGGCGGUCCAGGAGGCACCAGUACUCCUCCUCCUCCUCGGAAGACUCGCGGUCCCGGUCCCGCAGCUACAGCCGCAGGAAGCGGCACCGGCGGCACCACCGCAGCAGCUCGCGGAGCUCCAGCAGCUGGAGCCGCAGCACCAGCGCCCGGUCCUGGAGGCGCAGCUACAGCCGGAGCCACAGCUCCGCCAGCCGCUCGUCCAGCUCCAACAAGGGCUCCCCCCACCGCCGGAUCCCCCGGAGCCGGGGGGACGGCGACGCCCACCGCAGAGACUUCAACCGCUCGCGCAUCUACCGCUCCCAGUCGCCGCGCUCCUCCUCGUCCCGAGGCCUGAACCGGAACGCGCACUCGUCCGGCUCGCUGGGCCUGAGGCCGGGCGGCUCCCGGGACGCCGGCGAGCAGAAGAACUCGCUCACGGCUCGCCAGCUGCUGGAGAGGGUUCAGUCUAAAAAGACUUCCGACGAUUCCGGCACAGGGAGCAAAUCCGGGAUCAAGAUCAAGGACCCACCGCAGGGAUAUUUUGGGCCCAAACUUCCUCCGGCGCUGGGAAGCAAAGCCAUGCUGCCGCUUUUUGGAAAGCUGCAGGCGGGAAAGAAACCGGUGAUCCCGCUGACCAGACCCGACGACGGGGAGAAGUCCGGAGCGGGGAAAGACUCGGAGGCCGACGGAGAGGUCAUCCUGGUGGAACCCAUCCGGGAGUUCCCCCCUCCUCCGCCGCCCCCGGCGCCGCCGGUGCAGAAGGUGGAGGAGGCCCCUCAGAGCGCGGCGGCCCCCGAGGAGACGCAGCAGCCCGCCCCGGAGGAGCAGGCGCACCCAGAACCCCGGCCUCUGUUCGAGCAGGAGCCCGCCAUCAUGAUGCCCCAGUACCAGGGAGAGCCGGGGCAGGACCCCACCCAGAACCCCAUGAUGGAGCCGCUCAUGCCCGACAUGCAGCAGCAGCCCCCGAUGCACGCCUACCCCGCCUACCCGCCUCCCAGCAUGGAGGAGGACGGCCUGGAGGCGGAGGAGGACGGCCUGGCGCCUCUGGAGAGCCAGCCCAUCACCUUCACCCCCGAGGAGAUGGAGAAGUACAGCAAGCUGCAGCAGGCGGCGCAGCAGCACAUCCAGCAGCAGCUCCUGGCCAAGCAGGUCAAGACGUUCCCCUCGGCCGCCGCCGCCGCCGCCGCUGCUGCCGCGGCGGCGGCCAACCUGGCCCCGGCGCCGCCCCCGCCGGCCCUGCAGCAGAUCCACAUCCAGCAGCCCACCGUGUCGGUGGCGUCGGGCACGUCCAUCACCACGGUGCAGCACGCCAUCCUCCAGCACCACGCCGCCACCGCCGCCGCCAUGGGCAUCCACCCGGCGCACCCCCACCACCCGCACCCCGCGCACGCCCAGCUGGCCCAGGUGCACCACAUCCCCCAGCACCACCUCACCCCCAUCUCGCUGUCGCCGCUGGGCCCGUCGCUGGGCCACUCUCUGGGACACUCCCUGGGCCACGCCGGGCUGAUCCCCGCCCACCCCACCGCCUUCCUGUCCGGCCAGCCCAUACACAUCAUCCCCGCCUCCGCGCUGCACCACACGCCGCUCGCCCUCCACCACGUCCCCCACACGGCGCUCUACCCCACCCUCUUCACGCCCCGGCCCUCGCAGGCGGCGGCGGCGGCGGCCCUCCAGCUCCACCCCCUCCUCCACCCGAUCUUCUCAGGGCAGGACCUCCAGCAUCCGCCGAACCACGGAUCCUGAGCGGCGGCGGCGACGAGGACGAGUUCACAGCGCGCAGCCACCGGAAAAGAAGGACUCCACCUGCCGGGUUCGGGCUUUCGGGCGGAGCCUUUGCGGCACGCGGGCAGCGAGGCGGGAAGCCUCAGCUCCGCCCUCCCAGCCUGCCCGGCGCAGAGAGGCGGAGCCACAGGGCGCCGCGGCCUGCGCCAGCGUCACAGUUGACACUAACGUUUUCUUCUAGUUGAUGAGGUUUUGUUUUUUGUUUUUGCUGAAUUUUUUCAAACAGGGUGUAGAUUUAAAGAGACUUCCUCUCGAUAUUCCUCUCGCCAGAGAAGUCUAGAGAAGCACUGGAGCCCUAUUUUUCCUCUCAUUUCUUCAUGGAAAUGAUAUUGUUACAGUUUCUGCUCAUUCUGGCAGCCAAAGAGACGCAAAGCGGAGAGAGAAGGAAUUAUGUAUCACGUUAGUGAAGGAGGAAAACGUGUUUGUUUUUUUGGGGUUUUUUUUUUUCGCUGUAGCGAUGAAGAGUUUGGACUGUGUGACGUUAACUGUACUGAUACUCUCUUUAUGUUCUCAUAUGACUACUCGCUCUUUAUUGGUCUCGAAAUAGUUUGUAAUGCAGUAAAGUUGUACAUAUAUCAGUGUGUAAUGUGAAGAAUCCCACCCGCGACCAUCCGAGAGAAUUACAGCCGCCUGAACGAGGGGGGGGUCAUGUGACGUUGGGGGUGUGAGCGUUCCCGGCGGUGAGGGUACCUCUGAAUGAAUUGCACUGAACUACGUACAUCCAGAUGGUGCUUUCAGCAUCGUUUAACAAUAAGAUUGUAGUAUACUGCAAUAAUUGUAUUUUUCUGUUUUUAAAUUAUUUUCCAAAAGAUGCUCUUCAGGAGAAGGGCGGUGUUUUGGCUUUUGUGUAUUUUUGUAAAUAAAUCUGCUGUAGAUUAACCUUAACAUUGGAGAGGAGUCACACUAUCGGAUGGGGGGGUGGACACAUGAUGUGUUUUGUCAGAGUUGUUCCUAAAUCGUCUCUCCUGAGACUGAAAACAGUAACGAUCUGUCAACAAAAGGAGCAACUCUGUAUUUUUCAAAAACCCUAAACUCUGUUUCAGCCAAUAAAACCGUGAAUUCAUGAUUUUUUUUUCUUUGUUUCCCCCACAUGGCGAUCAAAGAAACAUCGAGGUACUUUAUCUAACGGGUUGGAUUUCAUGAACCUGGAUUAGAUUUGAUGAGAGGACUGUGGAUGGUACACCAGUGUGCUGUAUUCUGCUCAGUAACUUGUAAAUAUGAGCUUAAUAAACCACGUUUUGUAUCUCGCA